AUGUGGAGCUAUCGAGUCAUAGGACACAGCUGGCACAAUGACCUCAUGGUAAUUUCACGCGACGGCUGGAUGAGCACCGUUCACGGUGAGCUUGUGGUGAUACCCGACAUGGAAGCAGACGCGAUACUGAGAGAUGUGGAAGACGGGAAUGGCAGACGAGGCGCCAGAGAGAAAAGAGACAUGCGGGCUGACGCUGUUCUCAUUGUUCCUGAAUGCGAGAGGCCCAUCCAACACCGAUGGGGCGAAGCAGAAUGUGGAGCUUGCAAAAGCUUCCCAUGGCCCUCUCACGCACUGACGGGAGCGAAGGGUAUACUCGUGGCACAAGCCCAUCAUUGGCAUUGUAACGGUAACACGUUCAGCUGGCUCGUUGGUCUUAUAUCAGAGUAUUGCCACUACAGGCCUUUUCUAAGCCUUUGUUUCGAAUGCCGCCUGGAAUUAUGA